GCGUGCGUGUUUUACACAAGCCAUCUUGCCGUUGACUUCACAUAGCUCCUGAACCAAAGGGGCUAAUAUGUCGAUGGAGGAUCCUUUUUUCGUGGUUAAAGGGGAGGUGCAGAAGGCCCUGUCCAAAGCACAGGGGCUGUUCGAGCGCUGGGAGGAACUGCUGCAAGAGGAGGCCCCCGUCAGCCGCGAUGAGCUGGACUGGAGCACCAAUGAACUCCGAAACUGCCUGAGGGCCAUCGACUGGGACCUAGAGGACCUGCAUGAAACCAUCAGUAUUGUGGAGGCAAACCCUGGAAAGUUCCGUUUAGGAGAACCUGAACUCCUGGAAAGGCAGGAAUUUGUGGAACGAACUCGUAAAUCCGUGCAGCUGAUGAAGGAGCAGCUCUCUAGUCCCUCAGCUGUGGCUCAAGCAGAGAAGAAAAACAAACAGGCUCUGCUGGGGGCCACGGCAAAGGAUCGUUAUGCCGGUCUGGAGCCUCACCUGGUGUCUGCAAACUCCAGAUACAUUCAGGAGCAACAGGAACAGCAGCAGCUGAUCAUGCAGGACCAGGAUGAGCAGUUGGAACUGGUCACAGGCAGCAUCCGUGUGCUGAAGGACAUGUCCAGCAGGAUAGGAGACGAGCUGGAUGAACAGGCAGUGUAA